AUGACAUCAAACCAUGGAUCUGCAGGUGCGAACAAUGAGUCCGGAGAUGCUAAAAAAUCCAGCGACAAACAAGGAGGAGGGGAAAGCAAAGAGGAUAAGGAAAAGGCAACUUCGACGGCGGAGGAGGACGUAGAGAAUGCAAGGAUCUCCGACGACGUCGACUGCUUCCUCGCCAUCCUCCUCAGCCUCAAACAAAACGACCAUGAUCAUAAUAACAACGACCAGCAUCCCCCCGACAUUCCUCAAUCCUCCAUCGACAAAUUACUGUCCACCGUGGAACUCGAUCUGACCAAAUGCGAAUUCGAAAACAAGAGCGACAAAUGGUUCGUCUCCCUUCUCGACGCCGAACGCCGCCGACCACUCAAGCUCCGUCCUCACAUUCCUCAAUCCUCCAUCGACAAAUUACUGUCCACCGUGGAACUCGAUCUGACCAAAUGCGAAUUCGAAAACAAGAGCGACAAAUGGUUCGUCUCCCUUCUCGACGCCGUUGAUCGCGUCGACAAGCUCUCCACCGCGCUCUCCGCCUUCUCCUCUUCAAACGACGAUUACAGGAACGCCGCCGACCACUCAAGCUCCGUCCUCCAACGCGCCAUGACCUUCCUCGAAGAGCAAUUCAGGCUCCUCCUGGAGGAUUCCAGGAUCAAGGUUCCCGCUUCCGCGUCGCGCAAGCCACCCCAUUGGUCUCAAGAUUCCGACUCCUCCAGCACCUUCUCUCCGUCAGCACCGAAGGACCCGAAUGGUUGUGAGGACGAGAUUAGCCCUCCCCCGUUCCCGCCGGAAAUCAUCGGCAGGCUUCACAGGAGCGCCGACGCGAUGAUCUCGCAGGCUACGGGGCUCGAAUGCUUACAGCUAUCCGCGUCGACACAACGCUUCGAGGAAGGCUUAUCAGCAUCGGCUUCCCAACAGCAUCAGCGUCGACGAAUCAAUAAAGACGCAAUGAGUCGCUGCAAAAGCCUGUUGGGGAUCAGCACACUGGUCGCAGUCGCUUCGCCAGUUCAAUCUCGUUCUUCUUCGCCCACGAGGCGCCCGAUCUCAAGUAGAGAUGGCAGCACGGGGGUCCCCAGGCUCGGGGAGUCGGCCGUCGCCAUGUUCUCCGAUCUCGAAAACUCGAUCAGGGCCGACGCAGCGAAAUCUCCUGUCCCCGGGGGCGCAGUUCAUCCCCUCACUAGUUACGUUAUGAACUAUCUCAAAUACGCCUGCGAGUACAAAGCCACACUUGAGCAAGUCUUCGCUGAGGACCACCAAGCUGCGGAUGCGAAAUCACCGACGGCCAAGGCGGCGGAGCACACGCCGUUCGCAGCACAGAUAAUCGGCGUCAUGGAGCUGCUGGAUUCAAACCUAGAAACCAAGUCCAAACUGUACAGGGAGCUGGCACUGAACUACGUAUUCUUGAUGAACAACGGGAGGUACAUCAUCAAGAAGAUCAAGGAGUCGGCGGAGAUUCACGAGGUCGUAGGAGACAAUUGGUACCGAAAGAGAUCGUCGGAGAUGAGGCAGUACCACAAGAGCUACCAGAGGGAGACGUGGUCGAAAGCUCUGGCAUGCUUCAAAGACGAAGGGCUGAAGGGGAGCAUGUUGAAGCCAGCGCUGAAGGAGAAAAUGAAGAGUUUCAAUGCCAUGUUUGAGGAGAUACACAAGAACCAGAGUAACUGGGUAGUGUGCGAUGAGCAGCUGAAGUCGGAGCUGAGGGUGUCGAUAACGGCGGUGUCGUUUCUUGGCAAGUACAGGCAGAAUUUGAGCGGGAGGCAAGCGGAGAAGCACGUCAAGUUUGGGCCGGAGGAUAUCGAGAACAAAAUCAACGAGUUGUUCGAAGGGAAUCCGUCGAAUCAUGGCCAUGGCCAUGGAUAUGGACUCGGGAGGAGAAGGUGAUCAUAGUUUUACAUGGAAGGAGGUAGCUACGUACGAUUUGGUUCUCCCUCUUCCGCAUCUUCUUGAUUUGAUGAGUCCUUUGUACAAUCGAACGAUCGUGGGUAUUAUUUUGGGUUUUCGUUGUAUUCAGAUGUGUUUUAUAUACUCGAAUUGUGACAUGCGACGACUAGCUAGACCCUAAAGGGUGCCACUUGGGAAGGGUAAAUGAAAAGAGAUU